AUGGGGGUUCCUGACCCCGAGUGCCGCAAUGGAGCCCCCAACCCCACAGGGGCUCUGGAUGCCGAUUCCCCUGGAGCGGAGGAGUGUCUGGAAGAGGACGAGGAGGAGCUGGAGACGAGCGUGGAAGACCCUGAGAAUGAAAGCGCCGGGAAGCCGGCCCCGGGGGGGCGCAGCUGCAUCCUCACCCGGCGCGGCAUCACGCUGCGGGUGCUGCUUAAGGAUGGCCUGAUCGAGCCGGGGGAGGGUGUGCUCUCCAUCUACUACCUGGGGAAGAAGUUCCUAGGGGACUUGCUGCCCGACGGGAAGAUCACCUGGCAGGAGACGGGGCAGGUGUUCAAUUCGCCCAGCGCCUGGGCCACAUACUGCAAGAAGCUGGUGAACCCGGCGAAGAAAUCGGGCUGCGGCUGGGCCUCGGUGAGGUACAAGGGACAGAAGCUGGACCAGUGCAAGGCGGCCUGGCUGAAGAAGCACCAGCCCAAUGCUCCCGCGGCCGAGGAGAGUUUGGUGAGUGAAGGGGAGGAGGAGGAACUGGUCGAGGAGGACGAGGACGAGGCCAGGGAAGGUAAAAUCGCCAUCUCAGAGCCUGGGCUUGGCAAGAAACUGGAGGAGAAAAGCAGGAAGCACCAAAGCAAGAGCCUGGUGGAGCCACACAACGCUGAUAACGGGCCCCAUGGGAAGAGAUUGGAGAGCAAGAACCGCACUCCCGUCCGUUACUGCACGCUGGGAAGCCGGGACUCUGCCAGGAACCCACACACCCUGGUGGAAGUGACCUCCUUCGCAGCAAUCAACAAGUUCCAGCCGUUCAACGUGGCCAUCUCCAGUAACGUGCUGCUGCUGCUGGACUUUCACAGCCAUCUAACGAGGAGCGAGGUGGUUGGCUACCUGGGAGGCAGGUGGGACACCAGCAGCCAGGUGCUGACGGUGCUGCGAGCGUUCCCCUGCCGGACGCGCCUCGGAGACGCCGAAUCGGCAGCCACCGUUGAGGAGGAGAUCUGCCAGAACCUCUUCAUGCGGGGGCUGGCGCUGGUGGGCUGGUACCACAGCCACCCCUUCAGCCACGCCCUCCCCUCGCUGCAGGACAUCGACGCCCAGAUGGAUUACCAGCUCAAGCUGCAGGGGAGCAACAACCGCUUCCAGCCCUGCCUGGCUCUCAUCUGCGCACCAUACUAUCACGGCAACCAAGGUGUGGAGUCCAAAAUCUCGCCCUUCUGGGUCAUGCCACCUCCGGAGCAAAGGCCCAACGAUUACGGCAUCCCCAUGGAAGUGGAGGUCACCUACGUGCAGGACGGGUUUCUCACCAAUGACGUCCUCCAUGAGAUGAUGCUGCUGGUUGAGUUUUACAAAGGGGCUCCAGACCUGGUGAAGUUUCAAGAUAUAUGGAGCCAGGAGAAGACUUACUUAGAUAAGCUAAAGGGCUCCCUCGCCUCCAGGACUCCCAAAGAUCAGGGCUUCGCCCACGUCCUGGAACAGAUCUACAGCCUCCUCAAGCACAGCAGCUGA